AUGACCUCCGUGCUGGCCGUAUAUACGUGGUGUUGCGGUGCUGUGGCCGUGCUUGGUCUGCUUACGUCUGUGGCAUGGAGCCUCAUUCAUCUAAGCCAAUGGAUUGAAGCCUACCCACUGCGGGCGCGGUGGAUUGGCGUACGAUAUGCGCAAGUGCAGCUGGGUCUUGUUCUUCUCAUGUACGUGUGUGGCCACCUGCCACUACCAGCAGCUGUGCUUUGUGCUAGCUUGGGUGUGUAUGGACUUAUAUGUAUGUGGCCCGCUACAUGGCCAUCUCAAUCCCGCCCACCUAUCGUGGCACGCGCGGUAUGGGGGGUCGGUGUACCACUCGCCGCGCAUGCCUCUUUGACCUCUCAUUAUGGCGGUGUUCAGCAUGCAUGGAUUGCGCAUGCGCAUGGCUUUGCCCAGGAGGCACCUUCCCUCCCCUAUGCCCAGGCGCAUGAGGUGGUUGCUCUCAUCGCGGGUCUUGUCUGGGCUUUGCCUGUCUAUCAAUUUGUGAGCGAAACGACCCAGACAUGGUCGUUGCCUACACGUACUUAA